UGGGAGACUGAACAAACAGUCGUCCCCUUCGUGCUGGUGCUCUUAUCCCUCAACACUUCCCUGAGGUCCCUCCAAAAGCACACCCACACGCACUGAAAUCUGAAUAGCAUUAUGAGUUGCUGCAGUUGUUCACCCGUUUCAACCACACCCAAAACCCAUUUUAAACCCGGGAAAAACCCAUUUCUUGUUGGUGAUUCUCUUUUCCCCAGAAGCAUUAUUUCGUUAUCUACAUCUAGAAGAAGAACUUCAGCUGCCAAAAUAUCGAUAAAGGCUGUGCUUUCACCUUCCAAAGAGGCAGUUUUGAGAGACUUUCAUGAAAGAAACGCUUUAAAGAUAAUUUCUGGCUUGCAGAAUUUCAACAGAGAAAAUGUUGCUUCUGUUGUUACUGCUGCAGAGAAGGGUGGAGCAACUCAUGUAGAUAUAGCUUGUGACCCAGAUUUGGUGAAGCUUGCAACUAGCUUGACUUCCAUCCCGGUUUGUGUUUCUUCCGUGGAUCCUGCAGCAUUUCCCAUUGCUGUUGAAGCAGGAGCUUCAAUGGUGGAGAUUGGUAACUAUGACUCCUUCUAUGAAAUGGGCUUGACUUUCUCACCAGAGCAGAUUUUAGAUCUGGCAAAGGAGACUAGAAGGAUUCUUCCAUCAGUGACAUUGUCAGUCACUGUACCUCACUCACUGAGCCUUCCUGAUCAGGUCAAGCUAGCUGAGCAGUUGGAGAAUGAAGGUGUGGACAUCAUACAAACUGAAGGAGGAAAAUGUUCUAGUCCUUCCAAGGCUGGAAUACUUGGUCUAAUAGAAAAGGCAACCCCUACAUUAGCAGCAGCAUAUUCUAUUUCACAUGCAGUAAAAAUACCUGUUAUGUGUUCAUCAGGACUUAGUGCUGUCACUGCCCCUAUGGCAAUCACAGCUGGAGCUGCUGGCGUGGGGGUAGGCUCAGCAGUUAACAAGCUAAAUGAUGUGGUAGCUAUGAUUGCAGAGGUCAAAAGUAUUGCUGAAUCUCUGAGUAAUCUGAGCAAGAAAAAACCUGCGUUGGACGGGAGAACUCUAAGACUGUAAAUCUCUGCAUUUACAAAAAUAUAUAAACGGUUUCUGGGAACUCUAAGACUGUAAAUCUCUGCAUUUACAAAAAUAUAUAAACGGUUUCUGGGCGAUAUAUGAUUGUUUUAAAAUAAUUUCACAUGUGAAAUAAUUUGUUUUAAUUUAGUUAUGGCUUUUUCAUAUUUACCCAAAAACUCAA